AUGGUACCAAGCAAUGGUACAGGGAUUUCACUAUUUCUUCUUCUGGGAUUUUCAGAGGAGCCAGCAUUGCAGCCCCUCAUAUUUGGGCUUUUCCUCUCCAUGUACCUGAUCACUGUGUUUGGAAACCUGCUCAUCUUCCUGGCCAUCAGCUCUGACUCCCACCUCCACACCCCCAUGUACUUCUUCCUCUCCAACCUGUCCUUUGUAGACAUCUGUUUCACGUCCACCACCAUCCCAAAGAUGCUGUGGAACAUCCAGACCCAGAGCAAGUUUAUAACAUAUGAAGGCUGCAUCAGCCAGAUAUACUUUUUAGUACUCUUUGCAGGACUGGAUGACUUCCUUCUGACAGUAAUGGCCUUUGACCGCUUUGUGGCCAUCUGCCGCCCCCUGCACUACACAGUCCUCAUGAACCCCAGGCUCUGUGGGCUGCUGGUUCUGAUGUCCUGGACGAUGAGUGCCCUGAAUUCUUUGGUACAUACCUUAAUGAUGUUGCGGCUGUCCUGUAGAGUCCUGGAGAUCCCCCACUUUUCCUGUGAACUCAAUCAGGUGGUCCGGGGUUCCUGUUCUGACAAUUUCCUUAAUUAUGUGACUGUGUAUGUUGUAUCUGGGCUGCUGGGUGGUGGUCCAUUUGCUGGAAUACUUUACUCUUACUCUAAGAUAGUUUCCUCCAUACGAAGAAUCUCAUCAGCUCAGGGGAAGUAUAAAGCGUUUUCCACCUGUGUGUCUCACCUCUCCGCGGUUGCCUUAUUUUAUUGUACAGCCCUAGGAGUGUACCUUAGCCCUGCUGAUUCUCACAGCUCGUAUUCAGGUGUAACAGCCUCAGUGAUGUACAAUGUGGUCACACCCAUGCUGAAUCCCUUCAUCUACAGUCUACGGAAUAAAGACAUAAAGGGGGCUCUGAAAAGAUUCAUUGGGCUUUAA